UGAUUUCCUCCGCUCGCGGGAGCCAGCCGAGUCAGCAGCGAGAAUAGCGAAGCCAAAGCUAGAAAAGUUGAGACAAACUCCAGAGAAACUGUUUCACUGGCCUUUAGUUUUGUGUCAAGACGAAGUUUCUAUUUAGAGGAGUUCCCAAACUGCUUGGGUUGGCAAAUAAGGACGGUUGAUAAACGUGCCAAUGGCUUUUCGAAGGCUGUUACGUCUACAUCCCCCUCUUCAGCUUCAUGGUGGCCACCAACAGCCCAGUCUUUCAGUCUUAUCUUCCAGAUUUCUCAGCAAAAAGUACACAUACAACUUGAAUGAGCUCAUUGCUUGGAAAAAGCAGACACAGCAGCUAUUUGGAUCUACAAGGAAACCUACCAAAACAGGAAAGUUGAAAAAACUGAAAUCUGUAAAUCCAUCAGUGAAAGAGAAUUUGGAAACCCUGAGUGCAGUAUCAGAACAAAAUAAAAACAGUAGCCUCGGUCAGAACAGUGUUUCUGCUGGUGAAACAAUAACAAAUAGAAAGCAAAAGGUGAAGCAAUCAGCAGACAUAAUCGAAGAUAUUCCUGAUGAUCAUUUUGUUUCCCAAGUAUUUCCAUCAGAUGCUGUUGUUUUGAAAGAGUCUUUCAGAGAUAUUGAAAGAAUUCCUGAUAAUAUAAUUCUUGAUAAUGGUGAUUUGCUCAAAGACCAAUCUCUUCCUGAAGUGAGAUCUAGUAGUUUUUCACCCAGAACAGCUAGAAAGAAGACUGAGAGAAAGAAUAAAGCAUCCUCUAAGAAUUAUGAACCUUCUGAAGUAGAGACCACCAAUGCUAGUCUUCAUUCUGUCAAGAAACAAGAAAUUUCUACAAAGCAAAGUCAAGAAGAGUUCACUGAAGAUGGAAUAUUUAUUCCAAAGAUCCCACCUAUUCCACAAGGAGAUCAAAAUUCAUACAGUAGUACGAUCGGUAAGAACAAGCAAGCUGCAUCCUCAUCAUUGCCUGGCUCAGGUUCUUUUGUCAAUAAGAGCACGACAAGUAGUGAACCAGUCGAGCCUCCUUCUUCUUUCGAUAUUAUCUCCAAGUUUCCGCUUGUGCCAAAUGAUGAAACAAAGUGGGACUCGAAGAGCAAAGAAUUCAAACAUGAUGUGGAGAGAAUGUCUCUCCGAGUUUUGCCUUCUGUGAAGUCUAUUCUUAACAAGACAAUGCCGGACAUGAACCGUUUCUUCCUGAACAGAUGGCGGGAAAAAAUGAUCAAUGAACUGGGAGAAGAAGGAUUCAAAAAGCAUCAAGAAGCCACAAUUAAAAAAGGUGUGAACUUGCACGCCAACGUAAUGGAGUUUCUGUCAGGCAAACCUCACUCAGAACUGCAGAUUAUGCCAGACAAUGAGGGCCACUGGGCGAGUUUGCAAACAGCUCUGGGAGCAUUGGGUGACAUCAAGUAUAUAGAGGCAGAGAUCUUACACCCUAACCUGUUGUACAGGGGUGUGUUUGACUGCCUUGCCCAGUACCGAGAUAUGUUGUGUGUGAUUGACUGGAAGACGUCAAAACAGCCUCGACCACUGCUAAAGAACACUUACGAUGAUCCUCUGCAGAUUGCAGCAUACAUAGGAGCUGUGAACGCUGAUCCCAAGUACACCAGCCAGUGUGGCCAGGCUAAUCACGGUGUGAUCGUCGUUGCUUAUCCAGAUGGAAGCCCCGCCCAUGUUCACAUGAUGGACAGAAAGCUGUGUGAACAGUACUGGCAUGACUGGACGGGCAGGCUCUACAAUUACUACCAGCUGUCCUAUACGCAAAAGAUUGGCAAUAUUUCUGCUAGUGGGAUGUAGUCAUUUUUCUUUGAAAUUAAAGUAUUUCACAAUGCCUUCCAAGUGAUAAGCUGGGCAAAAUCAUGUGAAGAAAUACACAGAAAUAUAGUUUACAUUUUUCUGUAAAGAAUGCAAAUUUUGUUUGUAUAGCUGUACAGUAGUCUCUAAUUAAAUGCACGGUGCUCACGUUUACAGGAAUCUGCAUAUUUUAGUGACAUACCAUGGGGGGGGGGUGUGUCAGGUUAAUUUUGCCGAUAAUGUGACGGACCGUGACUGUUUUAUGAAGGUUUCCCCAAUCCCAGUUAUGACUUUUAACUUAUUUUAAGCCUUAAAAUGGUAAAAAAAAAAGCAGAAAGACCGACACAGUUAUUGAUGUACACUAAUAUGUCACAAACAGAUAAGACGAAACUGUAGGUGAUAGUCGUAGGGAAGAGCGCUCAGCCAUGUGGCUUUCCGAAUGACCACUCCUGACUGCCUGUCAUCUAUUGCAACUCAGUAAAUGCAUCAUGUAUGACAUCAGAAAUUCUGAGAGACUUUUCUGUAGCGAUUCAUUGAAGAAGUACCUUAUAAGUUCUUCAAGUGCCUAGUUGAUCACUUGACCAAUCUUAAAUCCUAUAUGCCUAUCUACACUUCUACAGCUUACAUGUGUAUUGCGCAUCAUAUUUAUAGGCCCCACUAAACAUAGUCACCAAAAGACCCGUGAGAAACCUCUCAAAGAUGCAUUUUAAGUGACCAAUCAAAACACAUUUCAGUCAUUCCCCCAAAUAUAUACCUCACCCAACCAUGGAACUAUGCGUCCUUGGACAGUAACGCUCUUCAUCACUCUCUUUGUUCUGCGUGAGGGGCAGUCUCGCCAAAUAUCUGGUUUUCUAGACUUGUCUCAUGCAAGCUGUGUAGGUUGUAGUGUAAAUUUCCCUUUGUCAAGCUUUUCCCCUGUCGUGUUUUGCUGAGUGAAAUGUGCGUUUGGAAGAACUGACCAUGUGUUUGUAUGUCUAAAUUUUAUAGUAAAAAACCUGUCAUAUGACAAAAGCAUGCAUUUGACUAAUUUUUGCAGAGCGUGUCUUUGUAUGGUGUACGUUUAUCUGGAGACUACUGUGUUGUGUAAAUAUUUUUUUAUGGAUGUCAUGUACAUUAUUUGUAUAUUAGUUUUAUUUUGUUAUCCAAUUAUUGCUGAUUCAAGUUUCUUGUAAAGUCAUUCAGUGAUAAGGUUCAUUGUUGACUGAUCAUUAGACGUAAUGUUUGCCGACAUAUAGUUAAACCCAACUGUUGAAGCUCUGUUGAAAAAUGUAUCUGUUUUUUACUCAUAAAUAGUUCAAAUGAAGUUUCUGUGUGUUGUUACUGACAUACUUGUUGUAAGCACUGCCUCCAAGUUAUAUUUGUUAUGAUGCAAUAAAGGUUAUUCAAUGAUCUUCUA